AUGAUUUAUAUGGUUUUGAUCAUCGCAUUUUUGAUGACAUCCUGCAAUGCAGGCAGCGCUCUAGAACGGCUGGUGCGACAGACACGAGGAAUGUGUAAUAUUGCUUAUGCUGCUUGUUGUCUUAUUAAUCAUAACAGUGAUGCUAAGUGUUGUGGUGAUCGUCCAUGUUGUCCUUGGGCUAAUUGUGCCACUUAUGCUGGACGUUAA